CGCCGCGGGAAGAGGCGGGGGGGGUGGCGGCAGCCCCCGGCGCUGGGAGCUGAACCUGCCGCUGCGCUCGGCCAGCUGAGCUCUGUGUUUGACCAUGAACGCUAGCGGCCCUGGCUAUCCGUUAGCCUCUCUCUACGUGGGAGACCUCCACCCCGAUGUGACUGAAGCCAUGCUCUACGAGAAGUUCUCGCCUGCUGGGCCCAUCAUGUCCAUCCGAGUCUGCCGGGACGUUGCCACGCGCCGGUCGCUGGGCUAUGCCUACAUCAACUUCCAGCAGCCCGUGGAUGCUGAGCGAGCCCUGGACACCAUGAACUUCGAAGUGAUCAAAGGCCGUCCCAUCCGCAUCAUGUGGUCCCAGCGGGACCCCGGGCUCAGGAAGUCGGGGGUUGGGAAUGUCUUCAUCAAGAACCUGGAUGACUCCAUUGAUAACAAAGCCCUGUACGAUACGUUCUCUGCCUUCGGAAACAUCCUGUCGUGCAAGGUGGUUUGUGAUGAAAACGGAUCCCGUGGCUAUGGCUUUGUUCACUUUGAGACUCACGAGGCAGCGACUCGGGCCAUUGAGACCAUGAAUGGGAUGUUGCUCAACGACCGGAAGGUGUUUGUUGGCCAUUUCAAAUCGCGCAAAGAGCGUGAGGCUGAGUUUGGGGCUCGGGCGCUGGAGUUCACCAACGUCUACAUCAAAAACUUUGGGGAUGACAUGGAUGACGACAGACUGAGAGAAAUAUUCUCCCAGUUUGGAAAGACACUGAGUGUCAAAGUCAUGAUGGACAACUCUGGCCGCUCAAAGGGCUUCGGAUUUGUCAACUUCGAGAAGCACGAAGAAGCCCAGAAGGCGGUGGCCGACAUGAACGGGAAGGAGAUCAAUGGGCGGAUGGUGUAUGUGGGCCGGGCCCAGAAGCGGCUGGAGCGCCAGAGCGAGCUGAAGAGGAAAUUUGAGCAGAUUAAGCAGGAGCGAGUGAGCAGGUACCAGGGGGUCAACCUGUACGUGAAGAACCUGGAUGAUGGGAUAGAUGAUGAGAGGCUGAGGAAGGAGUUUUCUCCUUAUGGCACCAUCACCAGUGCCAAGGUGAUGACAGAGGGUGGCCACAGCAAAGGGUUUGGGUUUGUAUGUUUUUCCUCCCCAGAAGAGGCUACCAAGGCCGUGACAGAAAUGAACGGGCGGAUCGUCAGCACUAAGCCUCUCUACGUUGCGCUCGCUCAAAGGAAAGAGGAGCGGAAAGCGAUCCUCACCAACCAGUACAUGCAGAGAUUAGCCACCAUGAGGGCCCUGCCUGGCCCUCUCCUGGGCUCCUUCCAGCCCGCCCCGGGGUACUUCCUACCCCCCCUUCCCCAGCCACAAACCAGAGCUACCUUCUACAGCCCCAGCCCAGUUCUCCCAGUCCGUCCUGCCACUCGCUGGAGUGCGCAGCCCUCCCGGCCUCCCUCAGCGUAUCCUGCAGCUACCCCCAUCCUGAGGGCUGCCGUGCCGCCCCGGCGCCUGCUGUCCAACAUCAGCACCAUGAGACAGGCUUCCACCCAGGUGCCCCGCGUGUCCCCCCAGGCCCAGCGAGUGGCCAACAUCGGGACGCAGACAGUCAGCACCCGGGUGUCCUCCUUGCCCACCCCGCCACGGGGUGCUCCACAGUACAAAUACUCCUUGGCCGUCAGGAAUGUACAGCCCAUGGGGCACAUGCUGCCCAUGGUGGCCUCGCAGGUGGGAGAACCUGCUGUGCAUGUCCAGGAGCAGGAACCACUGACAGCAUCCAUGCUUGCAGCAGCCCCUCCUCAGGAGCAGAAGCAAAUGAUAGGUGAGCACCUCUAUCCUCUGAUCCACGCGAUGCAUCCCUCGCUGGCCGGCAAGAUCACUGGGAUGCUGCUGGAGAUAGACAACUCCGAGCUGCUGCUGCUCCUGGAGUCCCCUGACUCCCUGCACUCCAAGAUCGAGGAAGCGGUGGCCGUUCUCCAAGCGCACCAGGCUACCGAGAGCUCGCACAAGAGCAGCGAGGCGGCGUUCCUGCAGUGACUCCGGACUUUGGGCCUGAGAGUGAUCCCUGAGAACAUUGCCUUUGAGGAACAGAAGCAGCAACCCCACCGUGCUUUUGGAAUCAUGCCUGUACAGUGACCCUGGCUUGUCUUCAAUGCUCCAUCCUAUUUUUUUGUGUGUGUAUUGUAAACCUUUCAGAAUUGCUUGCUCCUGCACCUGUAAAAAAUCCCCGUGUUAAUUCUCUUCUUGCUUCUGAAAGCAUCUUGUGAAAUGUAGUGUGGAACCCAGCCUGGUUCAGUUGCCCAGGAAAUGGGCAACAAGUGCUGAUGAAUCAUCAUUUUUAGUGAAUUUGUUUGGUUCUGUAGUUUUAUUUGUUUCUGUAGCUGACACUAAUAAAGAACUGAUGAUUCCACCCCAAAAAGCAUGGGUUAGUUCCCUCUGCAUAAGAAUAGAAAAUACUUUGUUGGUGGAGGGAUGAAGUUAAGUCAGGCUGCU